AUGAAUCCUCCACAGUUCCGCCCGCCGCUUCCGCUGUUUCAAUUUAGCGGUCUGCUCGAACAGAUCGACGUCAUCGUGGAGCUGAAAGGGCGACUGGACCGCGUCAACAUGCUGGUCAUUGCCCUGGUGGACGAGGAGGCUCUGGACGCCUUGGACGAAGACCUGCGCCAGUACGUGCGCGAAGCGAACCAUCUGCGCUGGGGCGAGCCCAACUUCCAUAAGAGGCUGCUGCACUCGCUGUCCAAGCAGAACGCGUGGAGGAAGCUCAUAGGCGACAGCCAGGGAUUUGCUCCGAACACCGCGAUCGACGAACUGUGCUACGGCCGCAAUUUUCUCAGGAUCUGGGCGAACACCGGCGUGGCUGACGACGUGACCAAGAAACUGCAGUUCCCCGAAACCAAAGUGGCACUUCUCCGGCUUCAGGGUGAGGCCGGCGGACCGGAUGGAUUGCAGAACCGCUUCAAGCCGAUUCCGAACGUGUUGCCGGACGGCACCAUACGACUGGACCUGAGCGGAAAGCAACUGCGAUACUUGGAUGGCACUGUCAAAAAAGCAGCUCCUCAUCUCGAAGUGCUGUCGCUAAACAACAAUGCCUUGUCUGGUCUAAACGUGUCCUCUAUUCCAGAGAAAGUGCAUUCCCUCGACUUACGCGGCAAUAAGCUCAAGCAUUUACCGUACUCGCUGGUGACACAACUGAACCUCAGCUCCAUCUGGCUGUCUGGCAACCGCUAUGCCUGCGAUUGCGUGGACUACAGCUUUAGACAGUGGAUUCAAGCUCAUCGCAACGUGGUUCGGGAUGCCAGAAACAUCAUUUUUGCAAAAAACUCCAACCUUCUCGUGUCUGAAAAAAAAUUCGUUAUUUUGGGAGAGAAAGACCUCUGCCCGCCCGCGAUACCAAGAGGAGUGAGGUACCUCCUUCUCGUUUUCGGUCUCCUGGCGAUCAUAUUGGCGCUGUUUGCCGCUUAUCUACGCUACAAGCAGGCACUGAAGAUGUGGCUACGUGGUCGUGGUGUGUGUGGUUUGGCGUGGGGCGCCGCGGAGGACGAGCUGGACACGGAUAAGCUGUUUGAUGUGUUCGUGUCGUUCAGCAGCAAAGACGCCGAUUGGAUACACGAAGAAAUCAUUCCGCGACUGGAGGCCAACGGCUUCUCCUGCUGCACUUACGAGCGCAAUUUCAAGGGCGGCUUCCUUCUGCAGGACAUCAUUCACGAUGCUGUGGCGUGCUCACGGCGGACACUUCUUGUUCUCACGCAGAACUUCUUGGCGAGUGACUGGUGCCGCUUAGAGUUCCGGUUGGCACACCAGCGUGCUCUGCUGGACAACGUCAAUCGGCUUGUCAUUGUCCUUGUGGACGAGCUAUUGCCUGGUACACUUGAUGAAGACCUGCGGCUGUACGUGCGUGCAGCGAACUACCUGCGUUGGGGUGAGCCGAAUUUCUGGGACAGGCUGCUGCACUCUCUUCCCACGAAACAAGCUGAAAGAAAGCUCAUCAUCGAGGGAGUGUCAUCGCAGCUUCCCACAAACAGCACUGGCGACAUCGAGCUUCAAUAG